AUGGCCUCUGCAAGAAUCAUUGCCGCGGUGGUGAUCGUCGCUGUCAUUGAUCUCGGCAUCGUCUUAAAAACAUCGAGCGCUUUGCCCACACCGGACAGCGCGGGAAUCGUCGAAAUGAUUAAUGGACUCGCAUACGGUGGCAUUCCGUAUGGAAGUGUGAGUGGCAUGCUAGCGAAUCCAAUGCCACAGAAUCGAGAUGCAUAUUAUGCACACAAUGACGUGCAGCAGGUAGCGGUUCUCGUGCCUAAUGGGAGGACAAUUUUACAGGAUACGGCACAAGUUGCAGGUCCACUCAAUUCCAUUGGUUACUGAUACAUUUGAUCGAUGAACCGAGCAAUAGGCAUUAUCUAUGAGACGUAAAUGUGUUGG